GGUCCUCAUGUAUAGGUCUAUAAAUACCAUGCUGCCUAACUCUAACAUGCAUAAAGCAAAAGAGCCAAAAGAAGAUAGAAACUAGAAAGAGAGUAACUUUGAGUUUAAAAGAAAAUGAUGAACUUCCCAAUUAUCAGCUUGGAGAGACUCAAUGGUGAGGAGAGAAAACACACCAUGGAAAAAAUAAAAGAUGCUUGUGAGAAUUGGGGAUUCUUUGAGUUGGUGAAUCAUGGCAUACCUCAUGACCUUAUGGACACAUUGGAGAGGUUGACCAAAGAGCACUAUAGGAAAUGCAUGGAGCAGAGGUUCAGGGAAUUUGUAUCAAACAGAGGCCUAGAUGCUGUCCAAACUGAGGUCAAAGAUAUGGAUUGGGAGAGCACCUUCCAUGUUCGCCACCUCCCGGAAUCAAACAUUUCAGAGGUCCCUGAUCUCAGUGAUGAAUACAGGAAGGUGAUGAAGGAAUUUGCUUUUAGGUUAGAGAAACUAGCAGAAGAGCUUUUGGACUUGUUAUGUGAGAAUCUAGGACUAGAGAAAGGGUAUCUCAAAAAGGCUUUCUAUGGAUCAAGAGGACCAACUUUUGGAACCAAGGUAGCCAACUACCCUCAGUGCCCCAAUCCAGAGUUGGUGAAGGGUCUUCGCGCUCACACCGAUGCUGGCGGGAUCAUCCUUCUCUUCCAAGACGACAAGGUCAGUGGCCUACAGCUUCUCAAAGACGGCGAGUGGGUUGAUGUUCCCCCAAUGCGCCACUCCAUUGUAGUCAACCUCGGUGAUCAGCUCGAGGUUAUAACAAAUGGUAAAUACAAGAGUGUGGAGCACCGUGUGAUAGCACAAACUAAUGGAACAAGAAUGUCCAUAGCCUCAUUCUACAACCCUGGUUCUGAUGCUGUAAUCUACCCUGCUCCAAAAUUGUUGGAAAAAGAAACAGUGGAAAAAAACAAUGUGUACCCAAAAUUUGUGUUUGAAGAGUACAUGAAGAUCUAUGCUGGUUUGAAAUUCCAUGCUAAGGAACCAAGAUUUGAAGCCUUGAAAGGAUCAAAUGAAAAUUUGGGUCCAAUUGCAAUUAUUUAAAAUAUAAACAAGUAAAAUAAUUAAUAAGUAUCAAUAUAAUAUUAUAUUUGGUAUAAUGUUUUUGAAGUGAUUCAUUGUACUUGGAAAAUAGGUAACACAUAUUAAUAAUAUUUAGCAAAAACUUUGUACUA